AUGUGCAGACAACGAGUACGCGCAUGCCGUCCUGCUUCUCGCUUCUCAGUGACGCAUGCUUCGCACUUUGCCCACGGAAUCGGAGAAGGGACGGCACCUCCCGUCUCCGCACGGUUAAACGGAGGAGCAGGUACGUUUAACCACAAGACCUCACCAGCUGGUAGAGUACCACCUGCUACCAGUGCAACAAUGGGUGUCCCAGGACUGUGGGAUAUUCUGCGACCGGCGGGAAAGCAACGAUCUCUUACGCAACUUGCUGUCCAGGACGGGUUUGAGCGAAAUCCAGGCGGACGACGUGGUUUGCGUGUUGGAAUCGAUGCCAGUAUCUGGUUUUAUCAUGCCACGUAUGGUCGUGAGGGAGAAAAUCCCGAAUUGCGAACCCUCUUCUUCCGAUGUGCAAGACUUAUGAGCCGACCAUUUCUUCCACUCUUCGUCUUUGACGGACCUCGUCGACCGGAACUCAAACGUAAGAAGAAGAUAAGCGGGAAGGAUCACUGGAUGGUCUCUGGUAUGCAGGAGAUCAUUGAAGCUUUUGGAUUUGAGUGGUGGUGUGCUCCUGGUGAGGCUGAAGCGGAGCUAGCCUAUUUGAAUAGGAUUGGUGUCAUUGACGCAAUUAUCACGGACGAUGUUGAUACAUUCGUCUUCGGAGCUACUAUGAUUAUGCGAAAUCCGGGCAAGAUGCUUUCAGGAAACACGUCACAUCCUAUCAAAAACACAGCCGGAAAGGAUGACGGCGAGCACACUUAUACAUACACUUCUUCCGAUAUUUUAGAACACGCAGAAGUCGGUAUUACACGGGGCGGUCUCAUACUGAUAGCCCUCCUUCGAGGUGGUGACUAUGACCCCGAGGGAAUUGAUGGCUUUGGCGCGAACAUCGCCCACGCUCUCGCUAGGUGUGGCUUCGGGGACACACUUGUAGAAGCUGUCCGCGACCUGCCUUCGUCACGGCUUCCAGACUUUCUCGAUAAUUGGCGCACAGAAAUACGAGCAGAACUUCGCUCAAACUCUCGAGGCUUCCUAAAUUCCAAGAAAGCGAAACUAGCAAAAUCAUUACCAGAUACAUUCCCGAACAUCGAAGUUCUUCGGUUGUACACGAAUCCAGAGACCUCUGAGCGCAAGAACAAGCGUCCUACAUUUCUUUGGGGUCGAGAGCCAGACUUAAUGAAGCUUUCUGCUCUCUGCGAGCGUAAGUUCGAAUGGGGAGUACGAGAAAUUAUCGUCAAGCGUUUCCGGACUGUUAUGUGGGUACCAAUUGUGCUGCGUAUCAUGCGACGCGCUGUUUUGGAUACAGAUGCUGCUGGUCCUUCAACCCCAAGCAAGAAAAGGAUACAAGCCGACGAGAUAGAGCCUCCUGGGACUCCAUCGCGGAUGAUUACAAGGCAAUUUUCGUCGCUCGCAGAGGCAGAUGAGGACGAUUCACAACGCUUAAUCGUAGGGAUUCGCGGGAAGCGGAAGCACGCAUCUACAGAUGGUCUAUUAGAAUACCGUCUUGAAAUUGCUCCUGCACAGCUCGUUCGAUUAACGGAAGCUGGUGUCCAGGGCCAUCGUAUUCCACCGAGUCAAUACAGAGAAGACUCAGAUGAAGAUGAGGACAUAGAUGGCGAAGAUGAAGUGCCUCUUGGAGCUAGGCGAAAGAAAGGCGAGCCGAAGAAACUACCGCCAGCGCCAGACAGUCAUUUACGUGUAUGGAUGCCGGCAUGUAUAGUUGAACGUGUCGAGCCGGCAAUGGUUGCCUCCUAUGAAGACCGCGUUGCACAAAAAGCACGCGAAAAGAAGAGUAAGGAGGCAAGGAAGGCGGCAAAGCUAGCUAAUGGAGUAGAUACGAUUCCGAAGGCUAAAGGCAAAGCGUCAGCAUCGAGUUCAAGGACGAAAGUAGCCACUAUAAGGAAAGCUACAGCGCAUGAAGAAGAGGAAGAGGAGCUAUCAGCAGGAGAGGAUUAUAGCCACGUGUUUGGUCUUCCCAGUAAAGGAAAAGGCAAGGCUAGCCGUACUGCGAGAACGUGGAGCAGAGUGAAGACUACACCUGUAUUCCGCGUUCACGAAGAAGAGGAAGAAGAGGAUGAGAGUGAGAAUGACGCAUUCCCCCCAAAGCCGAAUCCGACGGGUAACACAGCCCCACUCUCAGAAGCGACGAAUUUCCCUCUCAGCCCGGCCAAUCUAAGACUGAAGACUGUUUUCUCGAAGGCAGCGACAGGUUCACAUUCGACGCAAGGACACUCUUCUUUGUUGUCAUUCGUAGAAUCACCAAAAGGCAAGACUAUUUUGGACCUGCUUGACGAACAUCAGCAUACAGAAACGGCGAGAUCAUCCACAACGUCAGCGCUAUCGUCACAAGAAGCUCCCUCCUCUUCUCAACCGGUGCAUUCUUUUAUACCCGAGCCAUUCCCUAUGUCAUUAAAGGACAGUGACGACGAGGUUAAGAGGUGUGACCUAGACCGUAACGCUCCGACUUCUCGGAAAGGAGGUUCCGGGAAGGGCAUUGCACGACAUUAUUCCAACCUUUCAGACUCGGAUGACUUCCUUCUGUCACUUCGCUCAAGCCCGAAGAAGUCACCUCGGAAGAAUAAGAACGGAUCGCCUCGUGGUAUUCUGAGCGUAACCAGCAAGACCAGUUCUUCCAGAGAUGUCUUUACUUCCGGGACUUCGAUUGGAGCAGACAUGCUCAAGAGUGGCACUGAGAAUGAAGAGGAGUCUGAUGUGGAUAUCAGGCCGGCAUCUCCUUCGCCAGCCCGUAGAAUCCCCCCGUCUCCGAAUGACGUUAGCAUGGAAAUACUAUACCCAUCUCCCAUUCCGCCUCGGAAAAAAUCAGCCUCUGAACAGGCUGAUACACAACCAUCCCUCCUAGCGAAACCGGUCGACACAGGAGUCAUCGAAAUUUCUAGCAGUUCCGAGGACGAGGAGGAUAUGCCUUCAAGGCUACACUUACCACACAAGCAGCAGCGUCCCGCUAAGCCAACCGAGACGUCUAUUAGGAAAGCGGCGAUUAGAGUUGACUCAUUCUUUUCUGUUGUCAAGCCGAGGACCGCUAUUACCCAGAAGGCUACUACUAAGAAGACGCAAUCAAAGGCGAACGGUAGCCGAAGACUGCCAAAUGAUCAUGAAGACGAGAUCAUCGAAAUUCUCUAA